UUCCCUGCGCCCGGGGAUUGCUGGCAUCGCUGGGACCGCAGUAACCGCCCCGAGGGGCGCUCCGGGAUCAGGGUUGGGUGAACAAGUAUGCUCCAGAGCAGGAAGUCUCUGAAAUUGAGUCACCAGGGACAGUAGGAAACAGACUCCAAGAGGAUGAAUCCCGGGAUUCUACAUUUGAAGAAAAAUAUGCAUGUGAGAGCAUGAAGGAAAAUUCUCCUGAAGAGGUGUCCAGGUCAUGCUUUUUCCAGGAAGGAGGUUUUGGGGGAAUAACUUGCAUCCGAAAGGAAGCACUUCCUAAAAUGAUGAGCCAAGAAUAUAAUUUUGAGAAGAGGUUGCUUUUGACCUCAAGCCUUGUUACUCAUCUCAGGGUUUCUACAGAAGAAAGUCUACAUCAGUGGGAGACAAGUAGCAUACACACCAAUGACAUUUCAAACCAAAGUAAAUGCUCAAUCCUCUCCACUCAGAAAAAAUCUUGGAAAUGUAACGAGUGUGGAAUAACAUUUACUCAGAGCUCAUCCCUUACUCAACAUCAGAGAACGCAUACUGGAGAGAGACCCUAUGUAUGUGAGGAUUGUGGGAAAGCCUUUAGUUGUAGUUCAUUCCUUGUCCAGCAUCAAAGAAUUCACAAUGGAGUGAAACCAUACAGAUGUGAGCAAUGUGGGAAAACAUUUCGUUGUCGAUCAUUUCUUACUCAGCAUCAAAGAAUCCACACUGGAGAGAAACCUUAUAAAUGUAAUGAAUGUGGGAAUUCCUUCCGCAAUCAAUCACAUCUCACUGAACAUCAGAGAAUUCACACUGGAGAGAAACCUUAUAAAUGUAAUAGGUGUGGGAAGGCAUUCAAUCAGAACACACACCUCAUUCAUCAUCAGAGAAUCCACACUGGUGAGAAACCUUACUCAUGCAAUGAAUGUGGCUCUUCUUUUCGUAAACACUCAAAUCUUACACAACAUCAGAGAAUUCACACGGGGGAAAAACCCCACAAAUGUGAUGAAUGUGGGAAAACUUUUCAAACAAAGGCAAACCUUUCUCAGCAUCAGAGAAUUCAUACUGGAGAGAAACCUUAUAAAUGUAAGGAAUGUGGAAAAGCUUUUUGUCAGAGUCCAUCCCUUAUUAAACACCUGCGAAUUCAUACUGGAGAGAAACCUUAUAAAUGUAAAGAAUGUGGCAAAGCUUUUACUCAGAGUACUCCACUCACUAAACAUCAGAGAAUUCACACAGGGGAAAGACCCUACAAAUGCAGUGAAUGUGGUAAAGCUUUCAUUCAGAGCAUUUGUCUUAUUCGGCAUCAGAGAAGUCACACUGGAGAAAAACCUUAUAAAUGCAAGGAAUGUGGGAAAGGGUUCAAUCAGAAUACCUGCCUCACACAGCAUAUGAGAAUUCACACUGGAGAGAAGCCCUAUAAAUGUAAAGAAUGUGGGAAAGCCUUUGCUCAUAGCUCAUCUCUUACUGAACAUCAUAGAACUCACACUGGUGAGAAGCUCUUUAAAUGUAGUGAGUGUGAGAAAACCUUCCGCAAGUAUGCACACCUUAGUGAACAUUACAGGAUUCACACUGGUGAGAAGCCUUAUGAAUGCAUUAAAUGUGGAAAAUUCUUCAGACAUAGUUCAGUGCUUUUCAGACAUCAGAAACUUCACAGUGGUGAAUGAACCUCGCAUUAGGUAAUGGCAGUUUCUCAAGAAAUAGUGGCUAGGAAUCUGGCUGAGGAGUGGGGGCAGGUUUAGUUCCUGGAAGGAAGGAUGAAGUAGUCUUAAAUACUGCCCUCAUAAGAAUAUUUCCAGAAAUAUAUGUGGGGGCUUGGAGAAUGCAGGCCUAUUCCAGGUGUGCAUGUGGGAGUAUAGGGUAGAAAGGAAGUUCCUGCUUUUGAGGUAAAUCCUUGCUGCUUGCCAUUCCUCUCAUCUCAUACCUUGAGGUGCCAUUUGUUAAGUUAGUGUUUGUCUUUCCCUUACUACACUCACCUAUCUUCCCAAAUUGUCGUGUAUAUUCACUCACCAGUUGGUUUAGAUGCUUUUCCAAAACCUGUCAUUUUGAAAGUGGCAGCAUUUUGUUGUAGUGCUAAGUAGCCUCCAGAUUUCUGAGGCAGCUGUAACCAUGUUACUGUGGGGGAAGCUGCUCAACCUGUGGAAAUGGUCCCAUAAAGGGGAGACAGAAACAAGUGAAAGAUGAUCCAUAUUCAUUUACCAAUUAAGGAGAUAUGCCCCAAGAACUGGGGUGAUCUCAACAUAUAUGUUGGUAAAGAAGGCUUUUAUCAGAAUGAUGAUCUUUCCUGAAAUAGGUCAAGAGAAACUUUUCUUGAGUGAUGUCAGUUCCGGGAAGGGAGUCAUAUUUGCUGAGAAGGCCAUGGGGAGGAAGGCCCAACCUCUGUCCCAGAGGAACUGGCUUAUCCAGGAUGGAAAUGGCCUGUGCUUGGCUGGUGAUCAUAAGAAGCCACAGAGCAGGAAAGCUGCCUGUGCCUGAGCAAGCCGUCAGUGUACCACUGCCUUAGACAGAGGUGUACACCUUUCCCUUGAGCUUAUAAAUUUGGCUGGGUUACUGGUUCACAGGGAAUUGGGGAGAGGAACCCACUAAGAUUAACAGUGUCCAAACCAAGUGGGACUCGGUUUGUUUGCCUUUAAGAAGGAGAAAGCGUUAGCAAACAAGGAAGACAGCUUUUUAGAUUGGCUGGAAUUGCAGGAUGUUGCACCAGAGUGUUGGUCACUAGUUGAGAGGGCUAGGUUUCAUGUCAUUAUGCCACUGGUGGUGUAAUACAGAUUUGUUAGAUCUCAGGUGUUUCUAAUUUUAUUGGGCAUAUCUUGUCCUGGAUAGGAGUAUCUAGGGAAAUAUUUUUCAUGAGCUACAUUGGGAAAGUCUAGAGAGGACGACGACCUCUUUUUCAAAUUCCUGAAAAUAAAAAUAUCACAGGUUACCACUGGCUGAUGGUAUUUUAUUCUGAGAGGUAGAGCAUGUUUUUCUCAUUCCUCAGUCCCUUUCAGGUUGUUUAUUAAUUAAAUUUAUUGGGGUGAGAUUGGUUAACAUGAACAUACAGGUUUCAGGUUUGGGUUUCUUUGUUACAAGAUCUGUAUAUUGCACCAUGUAUUCACUACCCAAAGUCAAAUCUGUUGUCACCACAUAUUCGGACCCCUUUUCCCCAACCCCCUUUUCAUGUUCUUAACUGCUACUCAGAAAUUCAGCUCUGG